CUUAUAAAUAACAAGGUGACGGCCUAGAGAGGAUUCACUCACCACAGCUGUUUGUCUGUAGAAGCGUAUCCGGUCCUUGUGUGUGCCGUAAUACUUUGACCUCCAAGAUGUACCUCUGUGCAAAGUUUGUCACUUCUCCUGCUGUGUUGCGUGGUGGAUCCAGAGUCCUUGCCAGACCUGUAUCGGUGUCUUUGCUCAACAGACCUCAAUCCAGAACUGAGCAGAUGCUGUUACCUGUCAAUGAGGUAUCAGCCCUGCAGGUAACCAGGGGGUUCCAGACCAGCACAGUGUCGCGGGACAUUGACACUGCUGCCAAGUUCAUUGGUGCUGGUGCUGCCACUGUGGGUGUAGCCGGAUCAGGAGCUGGAAUCGGGACAGUGUUUGGCAGUCUCAUCAUUGGAUAUGCCAGGAACCCAUCUCUGAAGCAGCAGCUCUUCUCCUAUGCCAUCCUGGGCUUUGCCCUGUCUGAGGCCAUGGGGCUCUUCUGUCUGAUGGUGGCUUUUCUCAUCCUGUUUGCUAUGUAGAAUCCCCCUCCCCACACCCUGGCCCCACCGCUUUUAUCUGGGGUCUACAUUCAGCAAUAGCUGCCCACCUCACUCUGUGCUCCAGGGAUUGGAAACUCAGACAUGCAGCUCGUGAGGCCAUGGCAUUGUCAUUCCAAGUCACAAAACUACAGAUUCUACUACUUUCAAGUUUUGUCAGUUGUCAAAUUUAGACUUUUGUCUGAAUAAACGGUUGGGAAAACCUAAUUUGUCUUAUUCUAUCAUGGAUGUGUGUGCGAGACAUGAUUGAUCAAAGUCGUUUUUUUUUCUUUUUGUUCAUAGUAGAUGUGAUGGUGAUGGACAAAUCAGGGUUUCACAAAAUUGGGAUUUGAGGAUAGUCUCGUAGAUUUUAGUUAAACCGUCUAUUGGCAGUCGAUGUAAUGAGGUGGGUUGAAACUUUUUUUGUUUACGACCAGUAGAAACUGCAGCCUUUGGAGUAAUGUUCACAUGUCUACAAAAGGUUGAUGAAUCGGGAUUAACAGCAAUACGGCAUGGUAAAUGGUUUAGAUCAGCUUCAACUCAAACUGCUGAGAUCAACCCCCUGCUUUUCCCAGCCAUUUUGGAGCCGUUUCCAUUGAUACAUUUUGUUGAAUUAUCCUGGACUGCAUAAAAUCUUAUUUGUAAGAUGGUGUAGGCCUAUGACUAAAUGGCAUUUCCUACAGCAUAUGUAUGAACUGUUAUGAUGGUUUGUUGGAAAUUUUGUGUCCUUAACCUCAUCCACUUAACCUUUCUUGUGUGCUUCACUGUAUUGUACCAGUCAAGAUCCUUUGUUCCCCAAAGGAAAGAACUUUGAAUAAAAUCAGUCACUAUUGUCAUAUGAUGGCUCAACUUGCCCU